AUGGAGAAGAGACAGCUCGCAGAGGCCCAGCCGCGGCCGGCAUCCCCGCCCCCAUCUCGGAAGCCGGGACUACGUCAACGGCUCAUGUUCGCCGGUGUUCUCUUGGCUGUCGGUUUGUUGAACAUUCACCUCACAAGAAAACACCGUCUAGACCAGGACCACGGAGGGGAGCUUGUGCCAAACCCGAUCCCAGUACAAGAAUCCCCGUUUGGUCGGUUCCCUCUACCCAAAGAUCCUUUCAAGCUCAUCCCUUGUACAAAUGCUACCGUCCCGCCGGAACUCGAUGACGCUCAUCCCGAGGAGACGUGGUCGAAAACCUUUGAUCCGGACCCAUUCAAUUGGAGCUGGGGAAACAAGACCGUCUCCGUUGAUGGCAACGAUAGUGACCCCUUCUCCGGCCGAGGCAUCUACCUCUGCGGAUAUCUGGAGGUGCCACUAGACUACACCAACAAGUCAGACGACCGGAUCGUUCGACUCGCAAUCAUCAAAUACCAGGUCUCGGGCCUAGCCCGCGUAGGUGAGCCCGACAACGGCACCAGAAACCCACCCCCCGGCGGCAGAAGCGAGCGCACCCUCGUCAUCGAACCCGGCGGCCCAGGUGGUAGCGGAACCUCGUACGGCUGGAGAGUCGCGGAGCAGUACACCAAGCGCUUCAGUGAUGGCAAAUUCGACGUGCUGGGCUGGGACCCGCGAGGCGUCAACAUCACCCGCCCCUCCAUCUCCUGCUUCCCCUACGACGUCGACAGAGACCGCUGGUCCAUUCUGACGGGCCAGUACAUCGAAGUGUCCGCCGACCCGAAGCGUCAGCUGCAGAUUGCCGACGCGAUGAACGACGCCACCUUCAAGGCCUGCUGGGAAGUCCACGGCGACCUCGGCCGCUUCAUGGGCACAUCCAUCGUCGCGCGCGACCUGGAGGAGAUCCGCAAGGCUCUGGACGAGGAUGAGUUGACGGGAUACCUCGUCAGCUACGGCACGGGGAUCGGACAGACAUACGCCAACAUGUUCCCAGACAGUGUCGGUCGGGUGAUCCUCGACGGGACGGAAUACGUCCGCGAUCACCGCGAACUAGGCGGCUUUGGGUGGACCGCGCUCGACAACGGCACCCAUGCCUGGUACGACGGGUUCCUCGGCGAAUGCAUCAACGCCGGACCGGAUCACUGCGCGCUGGCAAAGCUCAAGAGCAGCAGCGGGGAGCCCCUCGUGCUGAAGGAUCUGGACAAGCGCAUGAUGUCCCUCCUCACGUCACUCAUUGACCGCCCUGCCAUCGGGUACACCGAAGAAAGCGGCCCGUCUCUCGUCACGUACUCGGUCCUCGUCGCCGCAAUCUACUCGGCUCUCUACAACGCCCAAAGCUGGCCGGCCCUCGCACAGAUGCUAUACGAGCUCGAUCAGGGCAACUCGACCCUGGCCGCUGCGUACCUGGAAGAGCGGGCCUGGCAAUACGACCCGACGCUCCCCGCGACACCCAAUAAGCGGCCCGCCUCGGAUGAACUCGCCUUCAUCGUCAUCUGCGCAGAUGCCUACGACGCGCCGUUGCCAACCGACGGUCUCGUCUGGUGGGAAUCCCUUUGGGCCAACAUGUCGUCUCAGUCCUGGGUCGCGGGCAACUCGCGCUUCUUCGAUGUCUUUCCUUGCCAGCAGGUCCACAAGUACUGGCCUGAGCCGGUGGACGUCUACCGCGGGGACCUAAACCACACGCUCAAGAAUCCGAUCCUGUUAAUUGCGGAGACGUAUGACCCGGCCACGCCGCUGCGUAACGGGCGUAGGUUGUUGAACGAGAUGGGGCGGAACGCGAGGUUGAUUGCGCAUCAUGGGUAUGGGCACUCGUCAAGGGAUACGUCUGAUUGCACGGAAGAGAUUGCUAAACGGUAUAUUCUCGAGGGGACGUUGCCGGUUGAAGCGGAGACGGCGUGCUAUGCCAACGAGAAGCCGUAUCUGUAUGGCGUCAAGGAUAAGAGUGUGAAGACUGCGGCUGAUGAGGGCUGGGAACCUAUCGCUGCGUGGCGCGAGCAUCAACGAGAGAUAGCUCACAUGCGUUUCUGA